AUGAAUGAUAAUAAUAAAAAAAUCAAGGAUGAUGAAAACGUCGAGUUUGUCCUUUUUAAUUCUUAUUCCUUUUCCCGCCUUCUCCUCAUUUUCAAAUUCUUAAACAAUGGAAUUCUUUUAAUCCAAGUUUACUUGAACAGUUUAAUAGAUAAUAGAAAUAGAAAUAGAAUAAUGUUUGGUUUAUUUUAUGGGUUUUGGAAAUACUUCUUUAAUAAGAAGGAAUACUUUACUUUAAUAUUAGGGUUAGAUGGUGCUGGUAAGACUACACUAUUAGAAGAGAUUAAAACUAAAUAUACUAAAACACCAGGAUUAAAGCAUAUAAUGCCUACUGUAGGCUUAAAUAUUGGUAGAAUCAUAUAUGAAGAUGUAAAGUUAAUAUUUUGGGAUUUGGGAGGUCAAGUAGAUCUAAGAAGCAUCUGGGACAAAUACUAUAACAGUGUACAUGCGGUCAUUUAUGUAGUCGAUUCAACGGAUCAAGAGAGAAUGGAAGAAUCAAAAUCAGAACUAGAAAAGAUUAUGACUAAUCCCGAUCUAAGAGAUGUACCUAUACUAUUAUUUUUCAAUAAGCGUGAUUUGCCAGAUGCUCAAUCUACAGAUGUAUUGUCAUCUGCCUUUAAAACAGUGAUACUAAACUAUAAAUCAACCGAUGUAAAUUCAAGAAACGUUCAAUUACAACCUUUAAUAGCUAAUACUGGACAAGGAUUAAAUGAAGGAAUGAUGUGGUUAACAGAUAAUUUAAAAAAGAAUGCAAGAGUUGUUGAAACUGAAUAA